GUGAUUGCUGUCAUGAAGUCUAGAGGGGUUUAAACAAGUCAAAAUUCACAUAUCAAUCCCACAUUGUUAAUACAAGCACAUAAAGUUUCAUACAUUGUUCUGAGAACAUGGAAAAACGAUAUUCAUCAUGGUAAAUAGAUCAGAAGGCACUUAACAGGAGGACGCCAAAUAGGCUAGUGUGCGCAGGCCAGGCAGGUAAUCGGAUUACACUUCAGACAAACCACACACGAGCUCGUUAUGUACAGUUCACCACCACUGUACGAUAAAUGCUUAAUUCACAUCCUGUUUUUACUCUCACUCACAAUGCCGCUCUUUAUUAAUAGAGACCAGAUCUUUGCUCAUCAAGUCCACCUCCUAGAGCACAAACUGCGGAGUAAAGAGGAGCAUAUUUUGGAGUUGGAAACAGAGAAUGCUCUCCUUCAUUUGAGACUCGCUAAGUGUUUGGGUAAACUUCGCCAUGAGAGGGAAGAGGAAAUUCAUGCCCAUAGAAAGAAACAUCAGCAGCAGCGGAAAGUGCAGAAGUCCACAAAUGCAACUCUCUCCAAACUCCUGUCUGAAGUUCAGAUGCUGAAACAGGACUUGAAGGAUGUUUUUACUAUCUACGUGGGGUUUGCUAAAGAGCUGGAGGAGCAAAGCAAGCAGCUGUUUGAAUGUGUUGGCACGGCCAGAAAUGCUACUCAGGAUCUCCAAAGUGAUGACCCUCAGAAGCUCCGGGUUCAGGUGACUGCACUUGAGCACUCUUUACAGGAAGAGAAAGAGAAGUGUAGAGAGGAGCGAGUGAGGAGGAGGCUGCUCCACAACACCUUGGUUGAGCUGAGGGGGAAUAUCAGGGUUCACUGCAGGGUGCGUCCAAUUCUGCACUUUGACCACAUCCCAGGAUCACCUACAACCAAUGGGUCUUCAUUAUGUGAAGCAGUGGUGCAGGCCAUCAAUGAUGACUCUGUUUUUGUGAACUGCGCCAAAACCUCAAGUCCUGUAAUGAACAAAAUAUUUGAGUUUGAAAGAGUACAUGGUCCAGAAGACAGCCAAGAGACUGUGUUUGAGGAGGUGAAACCCCUUCUAACCUCUCUACUUGAUGGGUAUAAUGUAUGUAUCAUGGCAUAUGGUCAGACGGGCAGUGGGAAGACACACACAAUGAUUGGCUCCCAGUCUAAGGAGCUCACAGCUGCAGUGCAGGUCGCUCAACAGGGCAUCAUUCCAAAAGCAGCCAAUGAGCUUUUUAAGCUGAUCUCUGAGAAGCCAGUGGACAGUCAUACGGUGGAGAUGUCCGUGGUGGAGGUCUAUAAUAAUGAAGUUCUGGACCUGCUGGCCAGAGAUGAAGAUGGGGCGACAGUUGGGGUGAAGAGAGAGGUCAUCACCACCAGCAAAGGCACCAGUGAGGUGCCCUGCCUAACAAAUGAGUUGGUACGGAGCUCUGCAGAGGUGAUGCAGCUGAUCAAUUCUGUGUUGAAACUAAGAUCUCACAGUCCCACCCUGGUGCACAUGGACUCCUCCAGAUCUCAUUUCAUCGUCACUCUCACCGUCACCUCCAGAAGCCCAGAUGCACUGGCUCUAGCUCGUAGGCUGCAGAAGGCCAGACAGGACGUCCAGCGAGUGUCUCAGAAGGAGUGGUGGAGCCCGCGCUGCCGCAGGGCCGCCUCUUCACGCUCAUCUAGCCCCGCCUCCUCGCCGUCCCAUUCCCCCUGUCACUCACCAUCCCCUUCUCCCCGUCACUCACCAUGCCCCUCUCCUCGACCCAGCAUCACACAGACCCCCCUCAAGACCAAGCUGCAGUUAGUGGACCUGGCUGGGAGCGAGUGUGUGGGGAUGUCAGGUGUGACCGGUGCUGCUCUGUGGGAAAGCUCCUGUAUAAACCGCAGUCUCUCGGCUUUGUCUGAUGUUCUGGGAGCUCUGGCCGAACGACGACCCCACGUCCCCUACCGCAACAGCAAACUAACACAUCUGCUACAGGACGCCAUCGGAGGGGAUGCUAAGCUUCUGAUAAUGCUGUGUGUAUCUCCUACUCAACGCUUCCUCACUGAAUCUCUUCAGUCCCUGGGCUUCGGUGCCAGAGCCAGACAGGUCCAGAGAGAGCCACCACGCAGGAAGAACACGGCUCUGAAGAUGAAGUGACAAACAGGAGAUCCAUUUAAUAGUAAAAAGAUGCUUGUGUAUUUUUAUUUGUAUGCAUU